CUCUCCAGCAGGACUAAAGCUGGGGCUGCUAAGCAGGGAGCCAGGGCUGGAGAAGCUGUUCUAACCCCCUAGACUGUGCUUGAAUCAUUUCCACACAUGAGCAGCCUUGGGCUGCUAUGGGGAAGCAGAGAGGGGAUUAUGGCUCCGUGUUUGCCGUGGGACUCAUGGGGACCCUCUGGCUAAGAGCAGUGCAUUCAGCUGCAUGCAGAGGAUUUGUGCUGUGCCAGCUGGGAACCCUUUGUAGAAGUUCAAUAUCCAAGAAACAAGCUGAAUGUGCUGGAGGAGCUCAGCAGGGCCACGGGACCGAGCACAGCCCAGCUCCCAGCACACCAGCCCGUGACCAGGCCGGCUUUUACCUGCCUGGGGUAGCGGCAGCGCUUCCCAGGGCCAGCUCAUUGCUGCCACAGCCCCGGCAUGCACAGGUCCUGUGGCCGGACCCAGGGACAAAUGCUGCUGUGACACGGGGAGCACCCUUACCUGCCCCAGGAGGUCCCCCCUGGGAGUUAACUCAGGGGUGCAGACAGCUAUCAGGACACAUCAGGUCCAAACAUGCACCAGCACAGCAGCCAAGGGAGCCACAGAGCAUCCCUGCAUGCCCCUGCCCCUCCUGCCUGUGGACAGCCAGCCCUUCCUCUGCCCCCAUGGAGCUCCACAAAGCCUUUUCCUUUCUGCAACUGAGGCGAUGGCCAUGAACCACAGCAAAGCCACCUCUGGGCCACCGGCCAGCCACAGCCCUGCCAUCCCCAGCCACGGCUGCAGAGAAGAGCCCUUGGGAUGUGAGCCCACAGCUCCGGCAGGAAAACCAGCUCAUGGAUCAAACAGAAACAGGGAAGGGGCUCUCCUGGGCUCCGCAAUGCCAGCGAGGGCUGGGGACAGCGAUGCAGCGACCGGUGGGACAGUGGUCGCUGGACACCUACAACCAAAGAGGCUGGUUAUGGGGAGCAGGGAAGCAGCAGCUCAGCAUUCCCAAGGGAAGCGCGGCCCCAGCCGUCUGCGGUGCAAGGAGCCGUGCGAUGCAGCGCGGUUACACCGGGAGCUCCCGCCACCAGGACAAGCGGUGACCGGGGGAGGGAUGUGCUCAGCCGGGUGCAGGGGGGAAGCAGAGCGGUGGCACCGUGCCCGCGCAGCCCCGCGGCCGUCACCCGCUGCCCAGCGCCAGCACACCCAGGGCUCGGCCCCCCGAGACCAUCAACUUACUAACUACGGGCAGGGGCAGCUCAAAACCUGGCCACUUCAACAUCAGGGCUGCAAGGGAAAGAGAAGGCAGGUUGGAGGACACCGGGAUGCGCUCCGGCCCCUUGGUGGGAACAGAAGGUGUUGGUUAACGAGAGGCACCGGGCUGUGAUCCCGCACACAGCGCCUCCGGACAGAGGAGGCAGGAGGAAGAAGAAGAAAAAGGAGGAAAAGCGGUGUUUAUGGAGCUGCUGGUGCUGCGAGGAGGGGAAGGAAGGGCACGGCCAGCCGGGAGGCACCUGCGGGGAGGAGAGGCCAGGCACGGAGGGGGGGCUACGGAAGGGAGGGGGGGCAGCUUCCUUCCCCCUGCAUCGGCACCGCCGCUUUCCCACCGCCGGGAAAGCGCAGCCGCAGCCUCGGCAUGCGACAAGCGCAGCAUCAGCAGCAUCAUCCUCCCCUCGAGAUGCACCCGGAGGAGGGACCAAGCCCUUAAACAGUUUUAGCUGCUCCCGCUCAGCAAAAAGCUGUUUAAAGCCUCGGGGCUGAGCGCGGGCAGGCAGCGCCCGGGUAUCCCCCGGCCUCUGAAUGCCACGGGGAUGGGGAGGGGAACACAAAAAAAAGGCAUGGCAACGUGCAGCGGGCGAUGCGAUGGGCAGCACACAGGCACGGCAGCCGAAAAAGACACCGAGGCCCAGCUCAAUGCAAUAAAUAAAACUUUUAUUCAAACAAGAA